CCACCAGUGUGGCUUCCAUGCCAGAGAGGAUGGACGGGAGAGUGAAGUCAUUCUGUUAGCCCAUAACACCAGCUCACCUCUAACUACUCUGGUGAGUACAGGUAGCUCAAGGUGGGUUCUAGUACCUAUUACAAGAGUCAAGGCCAACACUAGGUAAGAACACACCCCAGACCCAGGGAGAUUAGAGGUGACUUGUGCGGGAGGGCACCUGGAGCAAAAACAUGAGUGCAGGCAUUUUUACAAGUUUUUCAGCUGUGCAAGUUGCCCCUUGAGUAUGUGGUUAUGCAUAUAGUCUCCAUGCUUCCUGCCUGAGCUGUCAGGACCAUGUCUCCUCUUCUCUAGGCAGCUACCACAGACCCUCACAAACAGUCACAGGCUCCCCACUUGCCAUAGGCUCUAUUCCAAACUGUUACAUCCUCUUCCCCUCUCCUCUGUCUCAACUCAUCACCAAUACCUCCCCCACUGCUCAUCUCCUGUGCCUCCUGCUCUCUCCUCAUUUGAGGGUGGUUCCUCUAUUACCCGCCCUCUGAUGUCCAUCCUGAAGCUAUACCUCCUCCAGGCAGCCUUCCUUGGCCACCCUAGCUUGUGCUCAUUUCCCUCUCCUUCGAGUCCUAUAAGCAUCACCAUCUGUACCUGCCACCUAGCCUCCCCACCAGGGGCCUGUCUUAUUAGAUUUUCACCCUGUUGCUCUUGUUUUCUCAAGUGGGUCGUGUGGGCAGCAUGAGGACCUUGUACCUCCAACAGCCCAAGCAUGGUGCAUUACCUCAGUAGGAAGAACACAAGCUGCUCCAGCCAAUUUAAGGAAACUUAAGAAAAGAGAGGAUUUUCUCGGAGGGUAGGGGGACCCUCAUGAACCCAAAGCAAGGAUGUGACUCCUCAUCAUGAGGUAGGAGACUGCCUCGCUGUUCCCUCAAACUCUCCUGAUCUCCGUGGCCUCCUGCUCAGCCUCUCUCUGCAGGUCUGUACCUUCCUCAGACUUUGAUUCAGAACCUUCUGAGUACAAUGCUCCCAGUGGAAUGAGGGCUCUGAGGCUUUACUCUUGGGGCCUGGGGUAUGGAAUCUGAUUGACAUCUGGGUCCAAUGACUUUCCUGUGCAGUCAGUCACCAGAAGCGGCAGCCUGGGGUCACAUGACCCAUGCAGGAGCUGGGACUCUGAAGAGCGGCCAAGUCCUCCAAGAAGGGUACAGAGUAAGGGUGCAUCUCCAGACAGCAGGUACAAGAAAGGAAGAUGCCUAGUGAAUACUGACAGACUGCAGGGCCGAGGUAAAAGCUCCCAAUCGGAGCCUGUACUUCUGCCCUUCUUUCCAGCAUCCCAGCCACGAACUGACUUCAGCCUUUCUGGAAUCUUCUUAACUUUUCUCACAAAGGUGGCCAGGAGGUGCCAGGAAGUUUUGAGUUCUAAUUCAGGCUUGCCACAUAGCAGCUCAGUGAAUUUAGGCAAGUAACAAAAGGUUUCUGAGUGUCCUCAUAAGCAAAAUAGAGGUUAUAGGAAUAGCCAUAUGCAGUUGUCAGGGGAGAUAUAGGAGUGACUGGAGCUAAGGGUCUAGAGAGUAUCCAGCACCCAUAUGGUAGCGACCCUGAGAGGCAUUUCUUUUCAUUUUACAUCACAAAAAGCAGAAAUGCCGCUAUGUAACUGGCCGUGUGUCUUUUCUUUUAUACUGGCACAUAAAAUGAGCAUAUAUUAUAAUAAUGGCAUCCUAGAUUUGGUGAAAUAUGGAAUCAUUACCAAUUAUGCUGAUCUGGGGCAAACUGCAAUAUCUCUGGGUAGAAAUGUUCCAUCUGAAAAAUGCAAACAGUGUCCCUCAUUCGGCCAGCCACUAUGAGGCUAAAAAGAGACCACAUCUGUGUGCAGUUUUGACGGUGUCCAUCCCUCCUCUCCCUUCCUCUUGGAUGGCACCAUUGUAGGGGCAAGGUGGGCUUUGGGCAACCCGAGACAUUCUGAGCUAGGAACUUGUUUGUUUAUCUGUAAAGAGGGAGGCCUCAGCACUGAGCGCCAAGCAAGCAAAUAUUUGCAGUUAUGGAUUAACUUGAGUUCCAGGCUGUCAUGGCGGCAGGAGGGCGACUUUGCAGUUUCUCCACGGCCCACCCCAGUAAGUCCCCUUCCAGGCAGGUCUGUGAGGUGGGCCAGAGGAGGGCUGAGCCGGGGUGAGGGCUAGAUCCUUCAGGGUUUGAGAGACUAGCUGGAGCUUGGGGCAAAGGGAAAUUGGGGCUCUGCUACCAGCCAGGCCAAGGCACUGAUUGGCAUUCCUUCAGCCUGGGUGCCGCAGUUCCAAGGGGGCCUUCUUUCCAGACUUUGAGGCAAGUGGGAGUUGGCUGAGGACCUCCAGGGCCCAGAGCCAUCACCGGAGGCAGCUUAGAGCCUGGGACCCUCCAUUCUUCCCUCUCUACCUCACCUCUAAAUCUGGGGCCUCUGGUUUAAACGAAUAUCAGAAACAGCUUCAGAGUCAGUGAUGGUGGGGAAUGAGGUCAGGUGAGGGUGCAGAUGGGGCAGGCAGGCCUUCACACUCAGUCUUGGAGGCAGUGGAAGGCUCUUGUCUUCGAGCUGGCAGGGCUACCUCUGUGGUCUUGUGGGGUACCCAGUAGUUUGGGGAAGGAGUUAAGGUUCCUAGGCCUGGAGCCACACAGGCCUGGGCUUGAGUCUGAGCUCUGCCACCUCCUAGUUAUGGGUUUUUAAUAAACUACUUCAUACCUCUGAGCCUCAAUUUCCCCCUCCAUGAAAUAGGGUGACAAUAUCAAACCUAUUAUAUCUUAGGUGGCUGUGAGCCUUAACUGAGAUAAUAAUAGUUAAUGUUUACUGAGCAUGUGCUAUGUGCAAACUGUAUUUUAAGAGCUUUUUGUGGAUUAACUUAUUUAAUUCUCACAAUAACCAUAUAAGGCAGAAGUAAAAUUUUUCUAUCCAUUUUACAAAUGACAAAAAUGAGGCAUGAAGCAGUUAGGUCUCUUGCCCCAGUGUUGCUGUCCUGGAGCUGGGAUUUGCACUAAGUGGUCUGAUUUGGUGUCCUGCCCUCUGCACCAUGUACAAAUUGCCUGAAAGACACCAUGAAUGUCUAAUAAAUGUUAGCUAUUAUUCAUGGCCUGCCCAGUAGAUCGGCAAAGGCACUGCUCCCUGCUCCAACACUGAGCACAGAAUGGGGAGGACAUGAACUUUCUGGGCACACUUGCCAUGGCCCUUCUCUGCCAAGUCCCCUUUGAUCUUCACCGGGGACUCCAUGCCCUUUUCAUUUUCUCUCUUCUCCCUUCAGACUCAGCACAGGUGGUGUGACCUUAGCCCCAAAUGGAGGAGAACGAAGUGCCAGGUGGCUGUCUGCUUAGUGGACAGGGAUCCCCAAUCCUAGCUUUUGCCCUGACAAUCAGCAUACAUGGGAGGCCCUUUCAUUUGGCUCCUGUCUGGGGGGUGGCAGGCAGAGCAGGGCUGGUGGGGCUGCCGAAAGCUCAGAAACUCUCCUCAGACAGGUGUCAGCAACUCCGGAAUGUGGCAGCUGGCAAGCCUCUUACUGUUCCUGACCAUCUGGGGAAUUUCCAGCACACCAGUUAAUCCUGGCUCAGUGUUCUCCAGCAGUGAACAGGCCCACCAGGUGCUACGGAUCCACAAACGUGCCAACUCCUUCCUGGAGGAGCUCCGGCCCAGCAGCCUGGAGCGGGAGUGCAUGGAGGAGAUGUGUGACUUCGAGGAGGCCCAGGAGAUUUUCAAAAAUGUGGAUCACACACUGGCCUUCUGGUCCAAGUACCUUGACGACGACCAGUGCAAGGUCCAGCCCCCGGAGCACCCGUGCGACAGUGCGUGCUGCGGCCACGGCACGUGCAUCGACGGCAUCGGCGGCUUUCGCUGUGACUGCGGCCAAGGCUGGGAGGGCCGCUUCUGCCUGCAUGAGGUGCGCUUCUCCAACUGCUCGGUGGACAACGGCGGCUGCGCGCACUACUGCCUGGAGGAGGGAGGCGGGCGCCGCUGCAGCUGCGCGCCCGGCUACCUGCUGGGGGACGACCACCUGCAGUGCGAGCCCAACGUGAAAUUCCCUUGUGGGAAGCUAUGGAACCCGAUGGAGAAGAAGGGCAAGAUCUUGAAAUGUUGCACAGACCAAGCAGACCAAGUAGAUCCACGGCUUGUCAACGGGAAGAUGACUAUACAAGGAGAGAGCCCCUGGCAGGUGAUCUUGCUGGACUCCAAGAAGAAGCUGGCCUGUGGGGCAGUGCUCAUUCACACCUCCUGGGUGCUGACAGCUGCCCACUGUAUGGAAGACUCCAAGAAGCUCACCGUCAGGCUCGGGGAGUAUGACCUGCGGCGCAGGGAGAAGUGGGAGGUGGACCUGGACAUCAAGGAGGUCCUCAUGCAUCCCAACUACAGCAAGAGCACCAAUGACAAUGACAUUGCACUGCUCCGCCUGGCCCGGCCUGCCACCUUCUCACAGACCAUUGUUCCCAUCUGCCUCCCAGACAGUGGCCUCUCUGAGCGCGAGCUCACCAAGGUUGGCCAGGAGACAGUGGUGACGGGCUGGGGCUAUCGCAGUGAGACCAAGAGAAACCGCACCUUCGUCCUCAAUUUCAUCAAGAUUCCUGUGGCCCCUCGCAAUGAGUGUGUCCAGGCCAUGCACCACAGGGUCUCUGAGAACAUGCUGUGCGCAGGCAUCCUUGGGGACCCUCGGGAUGCCUGCGAGGGUGACAGUGGGGGACCCAUGGUUGCCUCCUUCCGCGGCACCUGGUUCCUGGUGGGCCUGGUGAGCUGGGGCGAGGGCUGUGGGCGCCUCCACAACUAUGGCAUUUAUACCAAAGUUGGCCACUACCUCGACUGGAUCCAUAGCUACGUUGGAGCUGAGGAGGUCUCCCUUGAGAGCCAGGUGCCAUAGCAUCCCUCCCACCAUGUCUGGAUCCUUAGAAUGGGGGCUGGGCUUUUGAAUGACAAUUUAUGCAACAUUAAAAGGGGAAUGCAACAAGCAUAUCAGCUGCUAUUUUGUCUUUCCAUUCCUUUUUUGGGCUGGUCUGGAGCGAAUUAAUAUUUACUGAGCAUCUACUGUAUGUCCUACACUUUACAAACAGAAUCUUAUUUAACUUCCACAGCAACUUUGUGGGAUAGGGAGGAGCAGGUCCAAGUUUUUGUGAGGUCUGAAGCUGAUAACAUAUGGCAGGGAGGCUCUCUUUAUAAAAAAGAAUUAAAAAUGCAACUUCAAAACUGUGAAAGCCUCUCCCAGGGUUUUGGGAGGGGCUUGUGCAAGUCAGAGAUCCUGAAGCUGAAGCUUUCCAGUAAACCCAACUCUGGUGGAAGAGCUUUUUAACUCAUAGUACAGAGGAGGAAACAGGUUCAGGAAAGUUUACCUGGUGGUGUCAGGAUUCAAAUCUAGGAGGGCAGCCAUUUCGAGCACCUGUGAGUGUGGAGGCCACCACUGGCCCUGUGAGAGAAGAAGCCAGAGACCCAGAAGGUUCAGCCCAAACAGAGCUCACAGUGCAGUUGGGGAAGCUGUUUAAGAACAAUGUUACGCAACUAUGAAUAGCAAUAAGAAAUAGGCUCUGUCUUGACCUGAAUUUAUAAGCAUAAAUGGAUGAGACAGAGAAAGAAGUUAGGAUGUACUUGAUAAUAAAGGUAGUGGUGAGUCAAACGAGAUUAGUAUAAAGUCCUAGAACUGGUCUAACUCUCUGUGUGGCCUUGGGCAAGUCACUUCCCUUCUCCAGGAGUUAGCAAAUGAAGGGAUUGAAUGAGAGCAGUGGUAUUCAACCCGGUUGUACAUUUAAAUCCUGUAGAGAGCUUUUGAAAACAUCUAUGUCCAGUCCCAACCUCAGAUUCUGGUUUAACUGGUUUAGGGUAGGGGACCCAGAAGCUGAUAUUUUAAAAAUUCCCUCAGUCAUUUUAAUGUGUGAUUGGGGUUAAAAACUGCAGGACCAAAUGGUCUUUAAAGGCCUUUUAUGCUUGGGUAGGUGCUAGUUCUAAGACUCUCAAGACAAUGAGAAUGAAGAACAGAGUUUCAGAAAGUACAGCACAAGUCAGUCAACAGUAAAGGGGGCCAUGACUUGCGAUUACACACAGCCUGUCAGCACCACAGCUGCUGCUUACGGAUCGUUGGGGACACCAAGACCCACUGAGCUGGUUAUCUAUAUACAACCAUCAGAAAAGAAGUAUGCCUGAAUGGGCCCUGCAGGAUUCACCUUCUAUGGACCUGGAAAAUGAAUAGGAAGGACUGCUUGGAAGUAGGAGGAAGCCAGGACAGGAACCAUCUGAUGAUUAGUGCAUUGGGUCACUACACUUGUAGUGGGACAUGAUGGAUUGAGAGAAUGACACUGUGCUGGAGGUCUUUGCCCCAUUCAAGACUCUCCAGGUGAGUUUCCAGUCAAGACAGUUAACUAGUGUAGGCCAGAUAACUUUUGGCAUGACAGCAUGAGAUCUACUCUCCUGCUUGCCAGUAAAACUAGUGAAAAUAAUAAAACAAACAAACAUUUAAAGUCUCUGAAAAUGGUCCUAAGAACAAAAAUAUAAGAACAAAAAUACAACUUUUAAACCAACACAAGCAAACCUGAUCUGUCCAACAGAAAACAAAGGAGAAUAAAAAACAAUUAAGCAGCAUACAAAAAUCAAUUGCACUUCUAUAUAAUAACAAUGGAUGUGUGGAAAUCAAAUUAAAACACAAUACUCAAUCCAAUUGCUUGUAAAA